AUGGCCUUCUUCGGGAGUGCGAUUUCAAAAGUCGUUGCCAGUGUUGCAACACUGGAAAAUGAGACCACGCUUGCUCUCUCGAGCUUAAAUCUAGAUUUCAAAUUGAUCAAAUUGGAGGCCCCGAUAGAGUAUAAGGGUGUUGGAGUAAGCAUCUUUAGUGCACGGAAGCACAAUGCUGAGACCGGCGGACUUUACAAGACAGCACGAAAGCUAGAGGAUUCAUUUCAUAGCAAGAUUCCUCUGGAUUCAGAUUACCCCAUAAUGUUUGAAGAAGACGAUUUGGUCGCUGCAGAUAACUGGGAUUAG